GAAACAACCAACCGCGGAGAGGAGACUCGGGAGCACGAGGGGAUCCCGAGCACGAGAGGCGAAGGAGAGGGCGGCGUCAGCAUGGAGGACUUCUACGUCACGAUCCCCUACGGCCUGGUGGUCCUCGCCGGUGGCGUCGCCGGCUACCUCAAGCGCGGGAGCGCCGCCUCGCUGGCCGCGGGGGUAGGAUUCGGCGCGGCGCUGCUCCUCGCCGGCGCGCUCAGCGCCUGGGCCUUCGCGCACGGCGGGGGUGGCGCCGGCGCUGUCUUCGGCACCGUCCUCCAGAUCGUUUGUGCUGUGGUAUUAACUGUUGUCAUGGGAGUAAGAUAUGUCAAAACAAGAAAGAUAAUGCCCGCUGGAAUUAUUGCUGCUAUCAGUGCAAUCGUGUUGAUAUUUUACGUGUACAAGGUAUCAACUGGUGGUAACAAGGUUUACAUCCCGGUGAGUGCCGAGUGAGUCAGCUGGAGACGGGGUCUUCAAGUGUGGUGUACAUGCUGUUUCAGUGGGCAAUUAACCGUGAAGACAACAAAAUCAUCUCUAUUGUCAUGAUGCGCCCAUCAAUUGUAUUCUAGUGAGGCAAACACUGCCCCAGAAAAAGAUUAUCUCAGCUGUCAUGAUGUGCCCAUCAAUUGUACUCUAGUGAGGCCAACACUGUAUUACACACUAUCAUUCACUAGUUCACUAAUAUUAAACAUUGUCCUUUGCUGCA